AUCCACAAGAGAAGCACCUAGAAGAAGAUUUUUUUUUUCCCAGCAGCUUGCUCAGGACCCUGCAGGAGCUGCAGCCGGAACUGGUCCCCGCCGAUAACCAUGAACUCUUCCUGCUGCCCGUCCUCCUCUUAUCCGACGCUGCCUAACCUCUCCCAGCACCCUGCAGCCCCCUCUGCCAGCAACCGGAGUGGCAGUGGGUUCUGCGAGCAGGUUUUCAUCAAGCCAGAGGUCUUCCUGGCACUGGGCAUCGUCAGUCUGAUGGAAAACAUCCUGGUGAUCCUGGCUGUGGUGAGGAACGGCAACCUGCACUCCCCCAUGUACUUCUUCCUGUGCAGCCUGGCUGCGGCCGACAUGCUGGUGAGCCUGUCCAACUCCCUGGAGACCAUCAUGAUCGUGGUUAUCAACAGCGACUCCCUGACCUUGGAGGACCAAUUCAUCCAGCACAUGGACAACAUCUUCGACUCUAUGAUCUGCAUCUCCCUGGUGGCCUCCAUCUGCAACCUCCUGGCCAUCGCCGUGGACAGGUACGUCACCAUCUUCUAUGCCCUCCGUUACCACAGCAUCAUGACGGUUAGGAAAGCCCUCUCCUUGAUCGUGGCCAUCUGGGUCUGCUGUGGCAUCUGCGGCGUGAUGUUCAUCGUCUACUCCGAGAGCAAGAUGGUCAUCGUGUGCCUCAUCACCAUGUUCUUCGCCAUGGUGCUGCUCAUGGGCACCCUGUACAUCCACAUGUUCCUCUUCGCCAGGCUGCACGUCCAGCGCAUCGCGGCACUGCCACCUGCUGACGGGGUAGCCCCGCAGCAGCACUCGUGCAUGAAGGGGGCCGUCACCAUCACCAUCCUGCUGGGGGUUUUCAUCUUCUGCUGGGCGCCUUUCUUCCUCCACCUGGUCCUCAUCAUCACCUGCCCCACCAACCCCUACUGCAUCUGCUACACGGCGCACUUCAACACCUACCUGGUUCUCAUCAUGUGCAACUCUGUCAUCGACCCCCUUAUCUACGCCUUCCGCAGCCUGGAGCUGCGGAACACCUUCAAGGAGAUUCUCUGCGGUUGCAAUGGCAUGAACGUGGGCUAGGACCCCCGUGGAGGUGUUCCACGGCUA